CGCAUAAAAACCGGUCCAGCCUCUGGCCAGUCACACUUGAACUUUCGCACCCUCUCGGGCCACAUCACCAGAAUGUUGAGAGUAACUAUUGUGGUUUUGGCUUUAACGGCCGCCAAAUCCAUUUCUGCUACGUGCGACAGUGGAGACGACUAUAGCUGCGGAUACACCGAUUCUUGCCUGUCAUGUCCCGAUCUGAAUUCCUUGCUAUGCCAAUGUGGCUCAGGAUACCUUUCCGGUAGCUGUGGAUGCGGCGGUUACGGGACCACACCAUGUAACACCUGUGGGAGCGUUUCCGGUAACUGCGCUUGCACAGGAAGUGGCACAUCCUGCCAAAGCUGCGGGAAUCUUCCCGGUAACUGCGCUUGCUCAGGAAGCAGCACAUGCUGUCAAAGCUGCGGAGGUCUUGGUAACUGCGGCUGUACCAUAACCGAUACGAUUGUACCAGGUUGCAUAAGCUGCGGAGGUACUUCCGGUAACUGUGGAUGCGCCGGAUGCGGAAGUGGGUCAUGCUCCACUAACUGCGGAAGCACAACUAACUGCCCAUGCACCGGAUGUGGAUUAUCCUGUAACAGCUGUGGAAGCACCCCAAGUAACUGCGCGUGUACUAAUUACGGAUGUGGUUCGCCUUGUAGCAGCUGCGGCAUCAUUCCAGGGAACUGUGGGUGUUCCUCUCUCGGAAGCUGCGGAAGUUGCGGACCGGUGAAUUUCGGUUGCGGAAACUGCCCGAGCGGAACCUGUGGUACCUGUACCACAGGUACCCCCUGCAGUACCUGCGGAUACAGAGUCAUACCAGCCGUAUACGGUGGUCCUUGUAACGGCGGAUAUGGCGGCUACGGUUACUGCGGCAGUUACGGCCGGCCCGGUUGCUGUAAAUUACCUCCUAUCUUGUAUCCGUUAGUCGUUACACCGAGUGGAGUCAGUUAUGGCGGAAAUACCGGAUGCUGUACCUGCAGCACCGGAGGCUGUGCUGCCGGUGGUACAUGUAAUACCGCAGGUUGUACUACAGGCAGCAACACCGGAACCAGUACCACAGGCACUACCACAAGCUGUCCCUCAUGCUCUUCCUCAGGCUGUUCCUCAAGCUGUGCGUCGGGCUGUUCUUCAACUUGUGCGUCGGGCUGUUCUUCAACUUGUGCGUCGGGCUGUCCCACUUGCAGUAACACAUGUGGCACAAGCUGCGGCGGAGGCUGCUGUGGAGGAUGUAACCGUUGUACUCAAGGUUGUUGCGGUAUUGCUUGCGGCAAUACUCCAGCCUGUUCCGGUACUUUCAUAGGACUUGUCGCCCCCGGUACAGACCUUGGAAGCAGUACCACUGGUUGUGCCACAGGCUGCUCCACAGGCUGUUCCACAGGCUGUUCCACAGGCUGUUCCACAGGCACCACCACGAGCUGUCCCACAAGCUGUGCUUUAGGCUCUUCCACUUGCAGUAGCACAGGUUGUCUAAGUUGCACUGGAGGUUCUACUUGUUCCAGCGGAUGCAGUGCUACAUGUGAUAGCACAGGUACUGCCACGAGCUAUUCCUUAGACUCUACCUUAGGCAGUGCUACUGACAAUGCCGUAGAUAUCGAUGUAGAUGUAACUACGUAGGCAAUGAGGUGGGUUCAAGACUAAACCGAACAAAACCAUUCUGUCGUAAAUAGGGCUAGCGUUCCCUAUUUACAGACAAGAAUGGCAAUGUCUUGUGAUUUUGUAUUUUAAAAUUAACCUACUAGAAUUUUGAAAAUGAAACUAAAAUCUACCCUGAAAGAAAUUUGUCCAAAUUUUAUGCAUAAGAAAUACAUUUUGAAUGUGUGUCUGAAA